AUGGUGUUGGAAACCGGUAUAUUAUUAUAUCCUGAAAGAUUAAAAAGUUCGUAUAUUUCACCAAUUUUUAAUACAGUAAAUAUUGUAGUUGAUCCUAUUGUUUUAUUUUUAAUUCUUGAUUAUUCUCUUCGAAGAAGUCAUGGACAAAAUAGAGUUAUUGGUACACUUUUAGGUAUUAGAUCCGAGGAUGGAUCUGAAAUAGAGAUUCGUAAUUGUUUUGUUGUACCUCAUAAUGAAAAUCAAGAUCAGGUAGAAGUAGAUAUGGAAUAUCAUAAAACUAUGUAUGAGUUGCAUCGCAAAACUAAUCCUCAUGAAGUAGUUGUUGGCUGGUUUAAUUUUUUUUUUAUAAUUUUACUUUAUAUUAAUAAUCAUAGGUUUGCUACAUUAUCUCAGUUGAAUACAUUUAGUGCACUUAUACAGAAUUUUUAUUCUUCUUCUCCAGAUGGCACAUAUCCUUUUCCUGCUGUUCAUUUGACUGUAUCAUUUGAUCUUAAAUUUGGAUUAAAUUGCAAAACCUAUAUUUCAUCGGCAGUUGGUGUGACAUCUGAGCGAACUGCUGAUAGUUGUCUGUUUUUGCCUAUACCACAUGAAAUAAGAUAUUAUGAUUUAGAAAAGAAUGGAUUUGAUUCAAUUUUAAAAGCUAAAAAUGAAGAAAAUAGACAAACAAGUAUCUUGACUGAUAUGGAUAAUUUAGAACAAUCUAUUGAAAAAAUUUUAUUAAUUUUGAAAAAAGUUAAAAAAUAUGUUGAAAAUGUUAUGGAUGGAAAAAUUCAAAUUAAUCCUGUUAUUAUUCGUUUUUUAAUGGAUAAUAUGAGUGUUUUUUCUAAUAUAGAUUCUCUUGAUGUUGAAAGAAUGUUCAACAAUCAUUUACAAGAUGUUCUUAUGCUUGUUUGUAUAGCAAAUAUUAUUCAUAUACAGUUAGAUAUAUCAAAUCGUUUAGUAGCUUUAAUUUAG